UAAUAAUAAGUCCCUUAUUCGUCCAGUGACGGAGAAAUUACCAUUCUGAGUUUUUGCAACUGACACAGGCUGCCACAGGAGGCGCCAUUAGGGCUAUGUGAUUCCUCUGGGGAAUCUCUGCUUGUAAGGCAGGCUCGCUAACCGCUACAAUAUGGAGCCAACAUAGCACGCGCUCCUUAAAACGAUUCAGCUCAACUCCAGACAGGAAACGUUCCGUUGUCCGACAGCCUUUGAAUGCGGCACGUAUCCAUGCAGGCAGCCUGCAGGACAGAGGAAAGGAGAGCGGCUCGGAUCAGACAAGGGGAGGAGGAAAAAGUGGAAAGGAAGGAGGAGGAGGACGACGACGAGGAGAAGGGGAAGGAGGAGUGGAAAUAGUCGAAAAAGUUUGAAAGAAAAGGAGAGAAAGACUCCAGUGACCGGCUCUGAAGACACGGAAUAAGUAGAGGCAGCGUCUGCAGAAGAGGAGGCAGAGGAAGAAUCAAAAAGUAACCGCACAAAGUUUGUGCACACGAGGGAUUACAGUGGUGCCGGGGAGCCGCUGGGCACGCACGGUGUGUGGAUUAGAUGAGAGAGACUGUACGAUGAGGAGCGACCCCGUUCUCUUCACUUCCAGCAGGGGGAUGGAGGAGCUGGUGUGUGAGCUGCGUCUGUUCCUAGACCUGCUGGAUAGGGAGUACCUGACUGCAGGGGUCAGGGAGAAGAAGGUGCACCUGUCCAACAUCCUCAACAGAGUCCUGGCCGACAAAGAACCUUCCUUCAAGUCUGAGAUCCACAGUGGUCUACCAGCUCCACCCCAGAUGCCCCUUCCCGAGAUCCCACAUCCCUGGCUGCCUCCAAACAACGGCCCGCCUCCCCUGCCCAGCUCAUCUCUACCCGAAGGCUACUAUGAAGAGGCAGUUCCUUUAAGCCCAGGAAAGGCACCUGAGUACAUCACCUCCAACUAUGAUUCUGAUGCAAUGAGCAGCUCCUACGAGUCAUAUGACGAGGAGGAAGAGGAUGGGAAGGGCCAGAAGAUGCAUCACCAGUGGCCUUCUGAGGAAGCCUCCAUGGAUUUGGUGAAGGAUGCUCGCAUUUGCGCGUUUCUGCUGCGCAAGAAACGCUUCGGCCAGUGGACCAAACUGCUGUGUGUCAUCAAAGAUAACAAACUUUUGUGUUACAAGUCCUCCAAAGACCACACCCCGCAGAUGGAGCUAAACCUGUCCGGCUGCAGCAUCAGUCACAUCCCUAAGGAUGGAAAGAAAAAGAAGCACGAGUUAAAGAUAGUCCACCAGGGGGCAGACGCCCUGGUGUUGGCUGUGCAGAGCAAAGAACAGGCCGAGGAAUGGCUCAAGGUGAUGCGAGAGGUUUGUUUAAAUGGAAGCGUGGAUUUGGACGGUAGAUCGGGGUCACCUGUGCUCAAACCUGAGCUGGAAAAGAGGGCUUCAUCUGACAGGCCGAGUUCAGACGGAGAAGUGGCCCAUGAGAAUGGACACGGCGACCCUAAGGACCAAGGCAAAGGGAAGAAGAACUCCAAGUCAGAGCACAAGACAGGGACGGUAGGAAAGGGCGCCGGGAAGAAAAUCACCAAGAUCAUCGGGUUGGGCAAGAAGAAGCCGUCCACAGAUGAGCAGACAUCGUCAGCAGAGGAAGAUGUGCCCACUUGUGGCUACCUGAACGUGUUGUCCAACAACCGCUGGCGGGAGCGCUGGUGCCGUCUCAAGGACAACCAGCUGCUGCUACACAAAGACCGGGAUGACCUGAAGUGCCACAUCGCCUCUCUGCCACUGCGAGGCUGCGAGGUCAGCCCUGGGCUGGACCACAAACACCCCUUCGCAUUCCGCCUGCUUCGUAACAGUCAAGAAGUGGCGGUGCUGGAGGCCUCCUCCUCUGAGGAGUUGGGUCGCUGGCUGGGGGUUUUGUUGGCUGAAACUGGCUCCACCACUGACCCGGCCACUCUGCACUACGACUACAUCGAUGUGGAGACCACUGCCAACGUCAUCCAGCUUGCCAAGCAGUCCUUCUGCUUCACCAGUAAGCGUGCCGUGUCUCCAAACCCGUACCUGGAUAACCCUGUGAACGGCUACGCCUGUCCCACUGGAACAGCUCUGCACUAUGACGACGUUCCUAUCAAUGGACUGGAGCCCAAAGCUCAGUACUCCACUCCUAAAACAAAACAGCUAAAGGAGGACACGCACUAUGAGAACGCUGAGCCCUAUGAGAAGCCCUCUUCCAAGUUGACCUCCCGCUAUCCUCCCAAGCCUUCCUCUUCUUCUGCUUCCUCUUCCUCUGCCUCUACUGGUCAUUACAAAGCUCCUGUUUCUAAAGUCUCCUCUAAGUUUCUCUCUACUGACACAAAAACUAAAGACUCCCCUCAGCUGAAAGGAAAGAAAGGUUCAGGGGCCAAUGGAAUGGCGUCGAAGCAGAAGGUGGAGCCAAAGAACCAGGCCAAGAAAAAUGGGGUCAAUGGAAUGAACGGGACAGCCUCUUUAAAACGCAACAACUCCAAUGCAGAGCAGUGCAAGUACGGUAAGAACCGAGUGGAGGCCGAUGCCAAGCGACUGCAGGCCAAGGAAGAUGAGCUGAUGAAGAAGAAGCAGGAGAUCAGGAACCACCUGACCGUGCUGAAGAAGGAGAGGAGAGACCUUCGUACGGCCGUGGAGGCUGCAGCCGGCAAACGCUCACACUCCUCCCUGUCAGAGCGACUGAAGAAGGUGGAGGACGAUUGUCGGCGGAAGGAGGAGGAGAGAGUAAACCUGGAGCUGGAGCUGACGGAAGUGAAGGAGAGCUUAAAGAAGGCCCUGAGCGGAGGAGUCACCCUCGGCCUCACCAUUGAACCCAAAGCAGGCUCCUCUGGCCCCCAGGUUAAAGCCCCUGCUCCUGGAUCGUCCCUCACGUCACCAGCCAUGAUGCGACGGACUCAGGAGUCCUCUCCGUUCUCCAGCUGCGACACCAGUGACACAGAGUCCUGCUCCCUGCCAGUCAACAGCGCCUCACUUCUCCGCCGCCAGCAGACUGCACAGAAGGGCUCCCCAAUUCGAGGUCAUGUCAUGAGGAAAGCCAAGGAAUGGGAGCAGAAGAGUGGCACAUAAAUCUUCCACUCAAUCGCACCAGUCUCACUAUCAUUCCUUUUAGAUUUUUUUUUUUCCCAAAGUAUUGUCUAUAUAUUUAUUUAAAUCUGUUCAUUCAGAGCUUAGGGGAGGACACAGUCACAACAUUCAGUCAGACCGAACAGCAGUGGCUGCUUCCUGCGUCACUCUGCAGCCUGUUUCAUCUCCUACAGUAGUGAGUAUGCUCAGUGUACCACGUUGUGUGACUCGUAUCGUCUGUUGCACUUUUUUUGUUUUUAGGCAAAAAAAACCCCAAUGCUUUCUCACUCUGAAGUAUUUAUUUGUAAAUGUCUAAAGGAAAUACUAGCUUCCCCUUGUUUAUUUAUGUGGAUAUAUUUAAUUUUUUUUCUUAAUUAAUAAUGACUGAAAGAUCGCUGGUUCAUCAGUUUGGCCACCAUCAACCAGAGGUCAUGUUGGAGUUACCACACAAUAGCUAGAACCUAAACGCUGUUCGAAGAAGCAGAGUGAUGGGGCGUCAGUGAAGUCGUGUCAAGCACUGCUGAGUUGCAUUGUUGCGUCCGUUAUUUUUUUGUCAAAAGCAGCCAGUGAUAACACAGAAAUCAGAUACGGUUAUUGUUUCAAAACUUCACUAAACUGCUAUAUAUAUCUGUUAUAUA